CAGUUUGUGGGAGCUGCAGGACUGAACACAGUCACACACCAACAUACAGCACAGCAUCACUGACAAGAGCAAGACUGUCACCCACUUAACAUAACCUUUGUGACAAAAAGGACUUGGUCAUUUUACAAUCAUCAAGGAAUAACUCCAGGCUUUGAUUGCUUUGAAGAAAUAUCUCAUCACAAUGUCUUCUCACAUGUCAUUGCUUCUGUGCAUCACACUCCUGUGCUCUUUAGCAUGCCAGUACCAGGUGCAUUGUUCUGAAGCCAGCGCUACCUCAGUCCAAACCAACGCAACAUUACCUGAAGACAAUCCUGUCGCUAAUGGAACCGACAGCCUGAAUAAGCCAAACAAGGAUGAAGAAGAUGUUGAAGAAGAUGAUUAUGACCAGGAUAUUUCUGUAGGAUAUAUUAUAGAUGAUUCUAUUCGUGUACAACCAGUAGUCAAGCCAGAAAACACAACUAAAAAAAAUGAAAAGAAAAAUGGAGAAAAGAAAGCAAAAAAGGCCAAAAAUGACAAGAAAAAGAAGAAGAAUCCAUGCCUAACCACACAUAAAGACUUUUGCAUUCAUGGUCAAUGUAAAUACCUUUCCAGUAUUAAAGAGGUUACAUGCAGAUGUCAGAAAGACUAUUCAGGAGAGAGAUGCAGUACAUUAAGUACAAUGUCCAUGAAAACACAUACGAGUGAACUUGGAGAUGUAUCAACAGUAGCUUUGGCUGUUGCAGCAGUUCUUCUGUCAACGAUCAGCCUUGUUGCAAUUAUUAUCAUCAUUGUUAUACACACCCGUAGGAAGUAUUCUACUUAUGACUGCGAAGCGGAAGAAAAAAAGAAAUUAGGUCAAGAAAAUGGAAGUGAAGAAAUUGACGUAUGAUAGCAUUUGUAAGUAUAUAUG